AUGCCAAAACGAUCUCUAACUUUGCGUUCUGGAAACAGCACAGGCCACAUGGGCCGAUAUGGUCAUGAAUUUUUGGAGUUUGAGUUCAGAUCUGAUGGUCGCUGUCGUUAUGCAAACAACUCAAACUAUCGUAAUGACAGUCUGAUACGGAAAGAGAUGUACGUCAGCCCGUUAAUGAUGAGAGAGCUUAAACGUAUAAUUAUGGAGAGUGAAAUAUUAAAAGAAGAUGAUGCUCGCUGGCCGAAGAAGAACGUCGUUGGAAGGCAAGAGCUUGAGAUCCGUUUGGCGAGCGAUCACAUAUCUUUCGAGACUGCAAAGAUUGGAUCACUGGUAGACGUUCAAGAGAGUGGAGAUCCUGAGGGUCUCCGUGUUUUCUAUUAUCUUGUGCAAGAUCUUAAGUGUUUGGUGUUUUCAUUAAUUGGGUUGCAUUUUAAGAUCAAACCAAUUUAA